AUGUCUUUCCUCGCCGUCCCACUCCUCAAACUGGGCUGGUCCCAAGCCAAAAAGCACAAAGCCAAAAAAGACGCCCAAAAAUACCAAGCCCAAAACGGCGUCUAUCCCCCAACCUACGUCGAGCAACACCCAAUGAGCGGGUAUCCAGCCGGCGCAACGCCCGGCACAACCAUGCACUUCGACCCACCCGAAGAAACCAAAAGCACCAAAAUAACCUUCAUGUUCUUCUCCGGCCUCCGCUUCCUCCAAUUCGUCUUCGGCCUAACCGUCAUCGGCCUGUACGGCAAAGACGUGCACCACGACCACGCAGAGAAACACGUCUGGCACUCGAAAUGGGUGUAUGCGCUCGUCACGGCGUUCCUGGCAACCGUCACCGCAGCCAUCCACCUCGUCUUGCCGUUCGUGAUGCGCAAGGCUAAGACCAGUGCUGGACAGCUGCUGCUGCCGCAGUUUGUGUGGGAGUUUGUUGUUACCGUGCUGUGGUUGACGCUGUUUGGUAUCUUUGGGAAGAUGUAUAUUGGUGUUCAUCCUGUGGAGAAGGGGGAGAAGACGGAUGAUGCUGUUUCGGCGCUGGGUGAUGCGUCGAAGAUUAAUCGUAUGCGUCAUGCUGUUUACGUUGAUGUUGUUAACUUGGCGUUCUGGGUUAUGACUGCUUCUUGGGUUUUGGUGCGUUGGUUGAAGAGUCGCAGGUCGGCUGUUGCUAGUGGGUUUGAUGCUGAGAAGGGUGGGCAGAUUUAG